AUGGCGAGGAAAUCUAACCAGCUCCGGUCCAAAGAAGAGCCCCGACGUUCGAAACCGAAAGGAACAAAGAAGCCAUAUACGCGGGGCGGCCUGGAUGCCUUGACAGUUGCAGAGAAGCAAUAUCCCUCGAAUUCCGGAAUUCGAAAACACCGCUUGGGGGUGGAGGGCGAUGACGGCUCUAAGCGCAAGAGAGGCGGAGCUUCGAGACUAGACGGCGAAGGGGACUCUCACGACCCGCCUUCCAAGCGACGGAGAACUGGCGACGACGAUGAAGGCUCCGACUCGAGCGACAAUCGCGGAAGUGAUAGAGAGGGGAAUGAAUGGCUGUUGGGUCGGGUCGAUUCCGAUGAUGACAGUGAUAUCGACAGCGAUGAAGCUAUGGGUGAGAGCGAUGAGGAGAAAUUUCGAUGGGCGAAAAGCUUGGUGAGAGCGCUAAAGGCAAAAGUGAAAAUCUACGUUGAGAAACCGGAAUACGGGAUGAUUUCAACCUUAUCAAAAGGUGACGUCGAAGCGCUGGAGGAUGACGAUGAUCUUGGGGAAGAAGCGGUGGAUCUUGCUACGGCUUGGGAUAUGAACGCAGAAGACACAGAAUCGGACGUUAAAGCGAACACUACGAGGGCGAAGAAGACUUUUCGAUCUAAGACUACAGAUGAGGAAGACAAUAUUGACACUACUGGUAGCGAGGGUGAGGACCAAAAGGGUGAUUCUGAUGACUCUGACGGUGACGAUGCAAGCGAUGUCUCUGGGCUAUCCCUUUCUGACCAGGAUGAUUCAAAUGAGCGUGGCCUGUCGAAAUUACAAAAGUUCGUCAAGUCCAUGGAAAACGGACAAAGCGACGACGGCAAAUCGAAACUGAAGCAUCAGACCAUCACUCACGGCGCCCAACCUACGGAAUUCGGCCUCAUGCCAACACGCAAACUUACAGUUGCCGAUCUGAUCCCGACCAUUUCCGACUCGCGCAUGAAAGGCUCGCUCAAACAUCUAGACGCCGUUGCCGCAACGAAGAAGAGCAAAGCUGGAAUACCUGGGAAGCUGCAAGCGCCUCUCGCUAAACGGCAGCAGGAUCGUAUUGACCGUGCUGCAGCUUAUGAGAAGAGCAAAGAGACCCUUAAUCGGUGGAUUGAAACGGUGAAAGCUAACCGAAGAGCCGACCACCUCUCGUUUCCCCUUCCCGAGCCGAACGCCAUCCAGCAGUCAUCCAUUACUGAUUCGAAGCCAUUGACAGACCUCGAGAGCACCAUCCAGAAUAUCCUUGUAGAGAGCGGCCUAGCGGACGAGAAGGAUAAAUCCAGCGAAGCUCGGAUUCAGGAAUUUGAAGAAUUACAGGCGAAAAAGCUCCCGUUGGAAGAAAUACAGGCGCGUCGCGCAGAGCUACGGAAGGCUCGAGAGCUACUUUUCCGCGAGGAGGUUCGAGCCAAGCGGAUUAAGAAAAUUAAGAGCAAAUCUUACCGCCGUGUGCAUCGCAAGGAGCGGGAAAAGAUGGAUAUUAGAGAGCGGGAAGCUCUUAUCGCCGCUGGUGUUGAUGUUGAUGAGGAAGACCGCGAAAAACUCGACCGGCAGAGAGCGGAAGCUCGAAUGGGAGCGAAACAUCGGGAAAGCAAGUGGGCUAAAGGCCUUAAACAAACUGGAAGGACGGCCUGGGAUGACGAAGCGCGACUGGAAAUGGCGGAUCUAGCAAGGCGGGGGGAGGAAUUGCAAAGCAGAAUAGAAGGAAAGCGAGUCACUACGGGACAGGAAGGGUAUCUAGGGUCCUCAAGCGAGGAGUCAGAGAGCGACAGUGAUGCAGCUGAAGAUGGGUUUGGGUCCGAUGCUGAGGCACAACGCCUGAAGAAAAAGCUCAAUGACCUCGACCAAAACGGCAAUGAGAAUGAAGAGCCCAUCACCGGGCCUCAUGCAGGGUUACUGUCCAUGAAAUUUAUGCGGAAUGCGGAGGCUGCGCGGAAGGCUCAGAACGAUGCUGAAAUUAAAAAACUCCGUCGUGAGAUGGAUGGCGGGGAUGAUUUACACUCCGAUGAUGAGAUGGAGAUGGGCCGCCAGAAGUUCGGCCGACUUGCCACUACCAACGAACCUGCAGUCACUGCUCCUCAACGGCAGGAAUUUGAGGAGCCAGAUUCCGAUGCAGAUGACAAGGCCCGCGCAGUAGAGUCCGAUGGCGAAAUCGAGAUUCGGGUGGAUAAUAAUCCUACUACGAACAGUAAUAACAGCAACCACCGUGCGCAUAAAUCUACUGCACGCAGCUCUCAGCCUCUCAAGAAACGAUCUCCUCUAGCCAACAACGACCCAACUCAGGAUGACGACGCUGAUGUCGACAAUCCAUGGCUCACGCAGCCCAAGCGGAAUGCGAAGAAGCACAAUGGCUCCUCACCAGAUGCAGUGGCUGACAUUAGCCUGAUCAGCAACGCUGCAGCUGCGGCUGCAGCCGCGAGGCGGUCGUUCGUGACGGAGGAGGGCGUCAAGGCUGAGAAGAGGAGGGAUGCGAGGCUGGAUCGGGUUAUUGUUAAUGAGAAGCGGGUUCGGAAGAAUACAAAGUAUCUCGCGUCCCAGUUACCCCACCCCUUCGAAUCAAGGCAGCAAUACGAACGCUCGCUGCGGCUGCCCAUCGGGCCCGAAUGGACGACCAAGGAAACGUUCCAGAACGCCACAAAACCGCGUGUCAUGCUCAAACAGGGCGUUAUCAAGCCGCUGCAGAGACCUCUGCUGUGA